AGGAGUGGAGCUGCUCAGCCCAUCGCCCCGGCACACCUCUAAGGUUUAUGAACAGCCCCGGAGGAUCCAGUUCAAGGCAAACGGGAUCCCUUGAAGAUGAAGACGUCCUUCCUUGUUCCUAUCUGCGUGCUGCUCCUCUGCACAAACGAAGUUCACCCGCUGGUGUGCUUCACGUGCGAACAAUCGUCCAGCAACUGGUCUUGCCUGAAGGCCACCAAAUGCUCGGAGAACGACAACCACUGCGUGACCACGGUCGCCUCUUUCAAGAUUGGGACCAACCAGAUGCCCCAACGGGAAUCUGAGUGCGAGAGCAACUCCCCCUCCGGCUGUUUCGGGCAACUGGCGCUAAGCCAUUCCAAUAACGCUUUCUCCUUCUCUUCCCCCUUCCAUUCCGAAGGCUUCUUGACCGUCAGAAAGAGAAUCACCAAGAAGUGUUCGCCGAGCUGCCCGAACCUCAACAUGGAUAUAGGCAUUGGCUCCUUCGGAACAUCCUGUUGCCAAAGUUUCCUCUGCAACCUUUUCGGUCACGUGGCAGCUAAAAACGAGACCCGGUGACGGGCUCUGUGUUCGGAUCUGUGUUCAGAUGCAACCCCCUUCCCGGUGGCUGUUUGAGAAGCCAACUUAGCAUAGGGCUACCAGGUCUCAAGGCCAGAUCUGCCCAUUUUCACCCUUUAAACACCCUGCCCUCCUAAGGGGUGCAGCGAUAAAACU